AUGGGCUACAGUUUCUCACGUGCGCAGAUGGAGGAUUACAGGGAGCUCGUCAAGGACCGCUUCUCAGAAGAGGUUAUAGAGUUCCUGUACCUCAAAUUCCACAAGGCGGCGCCUGAUGGCUUCAUGACGCCAGUUGAGUUCAAGCGCUAUAUCGACAGCACCGGUGUUUACAAGAAUUACAGGCGCACGCACUGGACAUCAUCGGAGUUGCAGCACAACUCCAAAAGGGCUGAUGGUGGCAAGGCGGCGGGAACAAUGACGUCGACCCAUAUUGUAGACAGAGAGAUGUACCUGCAUCUUUUUAGAGGCUACGACCGUGACUGUGACGGUGUGAUUUCAUUCAGGGAGUUCCUGCUGUAUCACCUCGCGGUGAUUUACAGCACUGAGGAGCUCUUUGUUGUUGUCUUCAACGCAUACGAUGAUGACCAGGAUGGGUAUCUUUCCCUUCGGGAUAUACGCAGUACCAUAACUGCUGCAACGCGCUACGUUGGUGACUGCGAUGUUGAAAAUCUGGAGGUGCAGCGUGUGAUUGACGAAGAGGCACAGCGAAUCAUGCAUUUUCUCGAUGUGCGUAAAGACGGGCGUAUUCGGCAGGAUGACAUGCGUCUCAUCACACAGAAACACCCCGAAGUGCUGGAGAAGAUGAAGAACUUGAUGUAG